UUAAAGGUCUUUUAAAUAAUUUGAUAUUAUUUCAGGGGGCAACCGUUAAUUUACACUUAACGAAUCAACACUUCUUUUUAUGGAAAAUCAAUAAUUUAUCAAGACUAUUUUUAGUAUAUAAACCACGUCACACAGCAAGAAAAAACAAGCUCCAACUGCAAAAACAAUUCUUCUAAUCUUCCCCAAAAUCGAUAAAUGGAAGACGCAAUAAUUCUGUAUGCUUCGGCGGAGCACCUGAAUUCCAUGUUGGUUCUGGCCAAGUUCAUCAGCAAACACCACCCCAAAAUCUCCGUCAUUAUUCUCAGCUCCGCCGCCGAUUCAGCUGCCGCCUCCGUCGCCGCCGUCCCUUCCAUCACUUACCGCCGCCUCCCCGCCGCCGCUCUCCCCCCUAAUUUAACCGCCAACCCCGUCGAACUCUUCUUCGAAAUCCCUCGCCUGAACAACCCAAACCUAAAGGAAGCCCUAACAGAGAUCUCCCAGAAGUCAACAAUCAGAGCCUUCGUCAUCGAUUUCUUCUGCAAUUCAGCUUUUGAAGUUUCGACAGAGUUGAGUAUACCGACCUACUACUACGUCAGCAGCGGCGCGUUUGGCCUAUGCGCCUUUCUGUAUGUUCCCACCAUUGACGAAACAAUUCCUCAGGACAUCGGAGAAUUGAACGAUUUCAUCGAAGUUCCGGGAUGCCCGCCGCUUUACUCGUUGGAUUUCCCCAAUGGUUUGUUUUUCCGUCAGAGUAAUACUUACAAACACUUUCUGUGCACCGCGAAAAACAUGCGGAAAUCAGCCGGAAUCGUUGUGAACGCGUUUGAUGCGCUUGAGUUCAGAGCCAAGGAAGCAUUAUCGAGUGGGUUGUGCAUACCGGACGCUCCAACUCCGCCUGUAUACCUAGUCGGGCCGUUGAUCGGUGAAAGCAACACCAAAACCGGCGGCGUAGAGCAUGAGUGCUUGAGUUGGCUUGAUUCGCCGCCGAGUAAAAGCGUGAUUUUCCUCUGUUUUGGGAGAAGGGGUUUGUUUUCGGCUGCACAGUUGAAAGAAACGGCGCUUGGUUUGGAAAAUAGCGGCCAUAGAUUUCUCUGGUCGGUGCGCAGUCCGCCGGGGAAGCGUGGUUCAUCGCCGGCGGAUGAGCCGGACUUGGAUGAGCUUCUGCCGGAGGGUUUUCUGGAGAGAACUAAAGACAGGGGUUUCGUGGUCAAGUCGUGGGCCCCGCAGAAGGAGGUGCUGAGUCACGACUCGGUCGCCGGGUUCGUGACCCACUGCGGGAGGAGCUCAAUUUUGGAAGCGUUGUCGUUUGGCGUGCCGAUGAUCGGGUGGCCGAUAUACGCGGAGCAGCGGAUGAACAGGGUUUUCAUGGUGGAGGAAAUGAAGGUGGCGCUGCCGUUGGAUGAGGCGCCGGAUGGGUUCGUGACGGCGGCUGAGUUGGAGAAGCGAGUUAGAGAGAUGUUUGAGUCGAAGAUGGGGAGAGCCGUCAGGGUCCGAGUCGCCGAGUUGAAAAAAGCCGCCGAAGCGGCGGUGCGUGAGAAUGGAUCGUCGGUUGUUGCUUUGGGGAAGUUCGUUGAGUCGGUGAGUCGGUGAGUUGUCGUCGGGAUUAACUCGCAAAUCUCUGUUGUGUUUGCGGCUUCGUCCAAUUAUUCGCAUUAUUUUAUUUUUAAUCGUUUUUUUAUGUUUCUUAUUUGCUUUAAUUUUUGUAGUAUAUUAUCAUUUAGUCGUAUUGUUGCAAGAAUUGUGAGCGCGUGUUGUAUUGUAAUCGGAUGUUUUCAAGUAUUUUAGGAAAUAAUUUAACAAAAUAAUUAAUGUUCUUUUUUU